ACGGAUGUUUUUUCUUUGAAAAAAUCGUUUUCAAAGGGGUGAGAUGUACCCUAGUAGCGUUCACCGGAAGCAAACAUAACCCAACUUUGCGUGGCUAUUAUUCCCAAGUCGUUAAGUUAUCUAAAAAUCGGAAAAGAUAGCCGUUAAAUUCAGGUUUUGAAAAAGAUCAUAUGCACUGCAUGCAUUCUAUACGUAACUGCACAAGACAUGCAAGACAAAAUGAAUGCUGAUACUUCAACACAAUGGAUUGCCCCUAUGCUUCGACUUGUGAAGAAUGUUUGCAACUUUACGGGGAAGAGUAGGAAGAGGGGACAGAUGAGAGCUUCAUCGUGGUUUAUCAAUCCAGUUGAUGUCGACUUGGCACCUGGCUAUCUUGAUGUCAUAACAGAGCCAAUGGAUUUUUCUACCAUUCAAAAGAAACUUGAGUCAAACCAGUAUACAUCCAUUGAUGCAGCAAACAAUGAUAUGUUGUUAGUGGAAGGGAACUGUUAUGCAUACAAUGCACAUACAGAUCCUAUUACCACAGACUGCCGUGAAGUUUUUACGUAUUAUCGCAGGGAAUAUCAAAGAUUGUUCAAUCGUUGUCAAAAGGUUGAAACGCCACUGACAAAGAAGAGGAGGUUUCCUGUUGGGGGGUUGCAGAGGGCACGGAAGGAAGCAAGAUCAAAUCUAGCGCACUCCUCAGCAUUUAAGGUUAUAUCCAAUCAGGUCGAUCAAAUGGAUGAAACAAUCUGUGAAAAAGAAAAUACUCUCAGGGAGCUCAAUGCUGAUCUUGCAUUUUUGGAGCGCCUGAAACAGCUAGAUGCUGAAGCCAGUAAAGUGGAAACUAAGACUCAAGGUGUACAAGUUGAGGUUUUGAAAACACCUGGUAGACCUACAUGGACUUCACCUGCAGCUGAACCAGCAACUCCAACUGUCGGUGAUUAUCUCAACCCAGACGAUUUACAUCUCCCGUAUCGUACCAAAAAGUCCAGGCAUCAUCGAACAGUUCAGGCUCUGCAGGAGAUCCACGGCUGUGCUGAGAACAACAGGCCAGUCAAAGAUGGACUGUGGUACAGUCUGACCACAAUGUGUACCCCCGAGGAGUUAGCGAGUCGAUUCAGGAGGAGCAAAAUUUGCAAGAAAUUGGAGGAGAGGAAACCUCGGCCAGAGCUUCCAUCAGAGGACAAGUUGAUUUCUUCGCUAAACGUUAUGUACAAAGAUGGUCUUACAAGCAAACGUAAAUAUUGUAGCAUUCGCUCCUCAACUAAGCCUCGAUUAUUACCUUAUGCCACCCUCAUUGACAAUAUCAAUACUAUCCAUGAUACAAAUUAUACUGUACCCCUUGAAGGAAAACCUGGAUUUCAUAGGAAAUGCGAAUUAUUCAUAAUGGAACUUGCACAAAUUUAUCUUGACAUUGAUCAACAUCUGAUCGAAAGGGGAUCAACCCUAAAUUUGUUUGGGAAGGAGCGGGACAUUUUCUGGUUGCUUUAGGUGCAGAUGGGGCUCCAGCAGGAAAAUUCAAAACCAACACUUCAUUGCAUGUGUCAUUUCUUAAUGCAGAGGAAAGGAUUGCUAGCUGUGAUCACAAUUAUCUACUUUUCGGCGCUGAUGUACCCGAAGAUGACGCGUGUGUUAUUGAAUAUGUGAGAAAAUUGUUUGUUGAAAUGAAAGAAAUUGAGGGAAAAAGUUAUAUUAUAAAUGACACUGUUGUGAGGUUUUCACUAGAACUUGUCCCCUCUGACAAUAAAUGGCUAGCGACUGUAGCUGGAGAAUUGAAUAAUGCAGCCACCUAUCCCUCUACUUUUGCCAAAAUUCAUAAGGAUCACCUUGAUAGGCUCGAUGGUGUUAUCAAUGAGACUGUCCCUCUCUGGUCUUACAGUGAACGGUUGAGGCACGCUAAGAUCAUUGAGGGAACGAAACAGAAAACGAGUGAUCGAAGCAAAGUUCUUAAGGAAAUUGCCUCCUUGGGGUCACGGCAAGAGUUUCCUCCCAUCAUUGGUUCAUAUGUUGACAAGGUGAAGAUUGAUCCAUUACACACCAAGAACAACAUGUGUCAGCAUAUGAACAACCUAAUCAUUAAGGAAGCUAUAUAUCGUUCAGAUUCUGCUGUUUUCAAAACCACAUGUAAAUUAGAUAGUCCAACUUUUACUUCUUCUCCAAUUGGGAAGUACAUGCAGACAGUUCGUGAUGUUGUUAAGGCUGGGAAAUUGUACAUACGUUUGAGAAAAUGGUUUUUAGAAAAUCGAGUGAAAUGUAAUACUUCUUUUGCUUGUGACAUCCGAUUCACUGGUGAGGAUUCUUGGAAGUUCUGUCGGAGAUUUGCACAUUUGAUUAAAUCUAUUGAACCAGUUGGUGGUCAUGCCGCAUGAACCAGAAAGAUGUAUUCAAGUCAUGUCUGUUGCAGUUCAUUUGUACUACUGGGAGAGAUUGCAUUGCUUUGUUCAGUAAAUUCAAGACUUGCCAAUUAGAUAUGGAGAAUUUGAAGAACCUUUGUGAACUGUACUUAGCGGCUUUCGCCUUAUUCCUAACCCGUGUUUCUUUGACAACCUGGCAUGUUGGCUACAUCAUUCCCUUUCACUCCCAACAAAUUUAUGAUACUUUAGGUUUGGGUUUAGUACUUAAUACGAUGCAGGGUCGAGAGGCGAAACAUAGGCAAAUCGCAAACUAUUCUCACUUUGCCACUCCGCAGAACAAAUGGGCAACUGUGUUUCGCCACGAGUAUGUGCACCUGGUCUACCUCAAAAAAUUAGAUCCAGCAUCAGUUGCAAAGGAUAUGCUUCGCAAGAGAGACCAUGUCAAGCAUCAUGUCAAAGUUAUCAAUGCCCAAGAUCACUGUACUUGUGGUGUUCAGUGUGAGUCUGAAAAGUGUUUUUAUUGUAGCCAUAGAGUGUUUCAACGGAUAGCUAAGUCGUGUGCAGCCAAGACCUUUGACGAGGAACUGAAAAAAUUAGGGAUAAUGGGGUCAUGCAAAGCAUGAAAUUGCUUCUUGUCUGGACGAUCACGCUUUGCCUACAUGUUCUCCUUUAGGGGCUGUCCAUUGAUAAGCAAGUUUUAUAUCCAUAGAAUCUCCAUCCAAAUGGUACCUUAUUCAUUGUUACAUGUAUUCUAAUUCUAGCAAGACAUCAGCAUCAGUUUGGUCAGAAGGCCUUGUAAUUGUUCUUGCAUGCAGGGACUGUAGCUAUUUGCAAUCAGCUCUGGAGACUAUAUUAUACUACUGUACAUGUAUUGUGUUAGUAGUUGGUGAUCAAACUGGUGGUACAAGAGAUUACUAAAUAAUACACACAGAUAGGAGCUUAAGAUUAAUAAUACAUCUUUUUUAAUUUGUUUAGUGAUGAAUGAUGAAUCAAAGCUUAAGAAUGUUCAGUGAAUUGGAAGAAGGGGAUUAGACCCCGACUGGAUUUGAAGGGGGGGUUAUUGAUUCGAAUGAAACCCUUGAGUUUAGGUUUUACACCAGAUUAGGGCUCUCAUCGCUGUUAUCCCGACUUGACAUCCAACUCACUGCCACUUAAGAAGUGUCAAAUGAGGUUUUUUACUUGAAAAUAUCUCUGUCCAAAUGAUUGUUU